AUGGGGUCUUUGAUGAGGGCUUCCCCUACAGCUCACGACACACAACAAAAGACGAGGGUCUAUUCAACCACCACUAGUCGUGUGUCCGCCGAAGGGAACUCUUAUUUAGGCCAACCGAAACACAAGCACGGGAGGCCAUUAUCCGCCCCCAACACCAUGCCAACCCGUUGGGGAGGCAUGGUGGGGAGCGACGCGAUGCGUGACGCCCAGGCAGGCGUGCCCUCAGCCGGAUGGCUUCGGGCGCAACUUGCGUUCAAAAACUCGAUGGUUCACGGGAUUCUGCAAUUCACACCAAGUAUCGCAUUUUGCUACGUUCUUCAUCGAUGCGUGAGCCGAGAUAUCCGUUGCCGAGAGUCGUUUGUGAUUCCAAAGAGGCCACGACCUGCACGCACACCGCGAACGGGGCGAAACAGCAAGUGUCCUUCUCAUUUUUGUUUUCCUUGGCACAUGCCGUGCCGGGGUUUUGUUAUGGUCCAACGGAAUCCAUGA